AUGUCUUACAAAGGCCACUGCAUCUGCGGUAGCAUCCAGGUCUCGCUGAAGGAGCAGCCGCCAAACUCGCUGAGAUGUUAUUGUCGAAACUGCGCUAGAUCUGGUGGUGGCUCGUCUAUCAACUACGUCGUCGACGAACCCGAGUUUAAACUCGACGGCACCAGUUCCCUUAAGUCGUUCGAAGACUCCCAGACACUGAGCGGGAACACCAUUGUGCGUCAAUUCUGCGGAAGCUGCGGCAGCCCCGUGGCGACAAAAAGCCCCAAAUUUCCCGGGAAAGCCCUCGUCAAGGCGUCUCUGUUCGACGCCAUCUCGCCCCCGAAGGCGGAGGUCUUUACGGAUCGACGGCAGGAGUGGCAGAGGCCGGUUGAGGGGGCUGAGCAGGCUUGA